AUGUCUUCGAAAGAUUCCGCCCCCACGCUCCCACCAAACGUUACGAUCUUCGCACCGAGGUCCCCACAAGCUGCGCAAAACCUCUUACAAGCCCGCCUCUUCACGCGCCUCUCAGCCAGCGCUUCUACCACCCGAGACCAACUCUUAAAAGCUUCUAACUCACAUAGCAAACUAAAUGAAACGUUCUACCUCAGUCAUGGGAAUGCCAUCUUGAUCUUCGAUGGCGGGAAAGAAGGCGUGGAGCUAGAGGACGCGCAUCACGAGCAUUUCCGCGCUGUUUGCUUGGCGCUCAAAGAUGCUGAUAUCGGUCUCGAUGUCGCUAAGUGCGUGCACGAUGCAGAGGACGUGUUGCAAGCGGGGUUCCAGAUCGAUGCGAUGAAGGACGGGUCGGUGCUGGUCAUUGAUCUCAUGCAUGCGGAGGCCGACGACGACGACGACGACGAUAGCGACGAAGAGGAGGGCGAGGGGGACGAGGAGGUCGGAAAAUAA